AACGAUAUUGUUUACAGUAUUUUUUACACUGUACUUUUAUAUAUAUAUAAUUUAUUUAUUUUGUGUAUACAUUCUUCGUUUUUAAAAAACAAAAACAAAGGGUUGUAUAACUGUAAAUAGCACUCUCCUUCAGUAAAUUAUUGUUUACACACAAUACUUCCCAUUGAAUAAGUCUUGCUCACAUUGAAGCGAUUGCUUGAGAUCCAAGCUGAAGUGCAGAUGAGUGGUAUUUAUAGUAGAAGACUUGCUUGGAGCGAGCCCGAUGUACCUGUGAACGAAAAGUUGCGUUCAAAAGUCAUCGAGGAAUAUGCAUUUGAUACGCCUCCGAAAGACAAUCUAUCGUGCUUUGUGCAAAGUUUGGCCAGUUCAUUUGCUACAAUAACUCGUUGCCAAAUUGUGUGCCUGUCCAUUGUGAAGGAUGACAAGCAAUUCUUCUAUGCCAGACGUGGACUCGACGCUCCCGAGACAUCCCGAUCGGUGUCAUUCUGUGCGCACGCGAUUAACAAACCACAAGAGCCUUUAAUUGUGCUGAAUGCUUUGAAAGACAGCCGUUUUGCUGCGAACCCACUUGUGUUGGGCGAGCCGAACAUCAAGUUCUAUUACGGAGUGCCGCUGGUCAACAUGGAAGGUGUAGUACUUGGAGCUCUGUGUAUCAAUGACAAGCCUUCACAGCUAAGACCUGAGCAGGAAGCAGCCUUCAAUCUGAUGGCCAAAAUGUGUGUGUGCCAGUUAGAGCUCGUUCGUAUCUUCCGCUUGGCAAAGUUUGAUGAUGAUUGCAACCGAAACAAGAGAGCGAAAACGAUGAAACACAUUCGUACUACAAUAGAAGCAACAUAUCAUUACUGCCGUCGUCAAAUUCGGUAUUGCGUAUACACAUGGAGAGCUCAGGCUCCAUAUACGAUGAUUUCGAGACGCUGUUGUGGUAAGUGAGCUGAGCAGGCUUCCAAAGUCAAUUUAUAGUAUGUACUAGCGACACUUUAUAAAGUUCUGUGUCAUUUUGAAAUUAUC